GGCUUGCAGUUAAUCCUAUUAACUCUGGAGGCCCAAAGGCUCUAGGUUUGCAAAGCUAUUUGGUAAAAUCUGUUUCUCAAAGCUUUAAGCCUGGAAGGAGUAGCUAGAUGUAUGGGGGGAGGGGAAUGCCUUUGAAUCUUUAAUGAGAUCACUAAAAAGUGUUUCAAUUGUUCAGAAAAGGCUGAGAACAGAGACGGUGGUUUAAUUCUGUACACAUGUAGAGCUGAGAGUUCUUUACUGAUGUACUUAUUCGUCCAAGGGCAGUUUUUAUAAUUUCAGAAUGCAGGAUGAUGCCGAUGUAGUGUGAUUCACACACGAGUUCUUUUGCAAUUUCAGUGAAAGUAUGAGCAGCGAGAUCUGUUACUGGCUGAAAAAAGUCAUGACCUCUCCAUGAACAGAAGUGGUACAUUCCAGACAAAUGCUCCACGUUUCAGUUUUGCUUUAAAGUACAAUUGUGAAGACUGGGCUUGAUAUGCCUGGAUCCCCUGCGGAAGUCAAGAUACAUUCAACAACAACGCCACCGAUCAUGCCUCAUCUGCCUCAGGGAAAUCCUAACGGGCUCAGACCAGUGUCUUUUACUUCCACAGCAGUUGUAGCCAAUGGAGUGAAUCAUUCUCCUCCUACUCUUAAUGGGGCACCGUCCCCUCCAAAAAGUCAAAGCAAUGUUCCUGCUGCCUCCUCAUCUGCCUCACUGGCCACCCAGCAACUACCAGCCACAUGUGGAGCUCGCCAGCUCAGCAAGCUGAAGCGUUUCCUCACCACUCUACAGCAGUUCGGCAACGAUAUUUCCUUAGAAAUCGGUGAGAAGGUUCGCACCCUUGUGCUUGCACUAGUGAAUUCAACCGUGACAAUAGAAGAAUUCCACUCCAAGCUGCAGGAAGCAACAAAUUUUCCACUGCGGCCUUUUGUAAUUCCAUUUUUAAAGGCUAAUUUGCCCCUCUUACAACGGGAGCUGCUCCACUGUGCUCGAGCUGCCAAGCAGACUCCAUCACAGUAUCUGGCACAGCACGAGCAUUCCCUUCUCAGUACCACUCUAUCAUCCCCAGGAGACUCCUCUGAACUGCUUAUUGAAGUGAGUGACAGCAGGAAACGACAGAGCCCAGAGAGAAGAGAAGAAAAUGGUUUUGACAGAGAUGCAGUUCAUUCUGAGCCCCCUGUGAAGCGAGUCUGCACAAUAAGUCCAGCUCCACGACACAGUCCUGCCCUUCCUCUGCCUUUGGGGAGCAUUGGUGGUCAGUUCCACCCAACUCCUCCUCCUCUGCAGCACUUUGGCCUGGAGGACCUCACUUCUUCCCACCUGUACAGAGAUCCACAUAGACUCUUGGAGCAUUGGGAUCGUUCCCGCCAUCUAAUUUCAAAUGGCUAUCAUGAAGAGUCUGUGGACCAUCGCCUGACUGAGAGAGAGUGGGCUGAGGAGUGGAAACACCUUGAUCAUGUAUUAAACUGUAUUAUGGACAUGGUAGAGAAGACAAGGCGUUCUGUAGCUGUCCUACGCCGCUGUCAGGAAGCUGACCGGGAAGAAUUAAACUAUUGGAAGAGGCGCUACAGUGAUACAUUAGAUGAACGAAAGAGUAGUGAUUCAUCUUCCUCCCGACAGCACAGUCCUGGCAGCACAGACUCUCCCCUUAGUGAACCUCAGCGGGAAUUCAGUAGCAAGUCAGGGACAGGCAGCACAGUUGCAGAUGAAAUCUGGAAAAAAGCGGAAGAGGCUGUUAAUGAGGUUAAACGCCAGGCCAUGUCAGAGGUUCAGAGGGCUGUGGCUGAAGCAGAACAGAAGGCCCUAGAGAUGAUCACUUCUGAACGAGCAAAGAUGGAGCAAACCAUUGCUGACGCAAAACGUCAGGCAGCUGAAGAUGCAUUCUUGGUAGUCAAUGAACAGGACGAAUCAACUGAGAGUUGUUGGAACUGUGGACGUAAAGCCAGUGAGACAUGCAGUGGAUGCAACAUUGCCCGUUAUUGUGGCUCUUUUUGCCAGCAUAAAGACUGGGAGAAACAUCACCGAAUCUGUGGGCAAGGACUACAACCCCAGAGCAAUACAGUUCCGGGCAAGUCUGCAUUAAAGCUCAUAGAGGUGGUCCCGAGCCCAGCCCUAGAAAAGAUAACAUCUUCAAGCUCACGAUCAUCCACACCGGCAUCUGUGGCAACAUCAGAUGCAAAUGGGCACUAACAGAAAGAAAAAUAUCCAGGAGUCAUUUUCAUGUGCAGGGUUUCAUUUUACUGUUUCUUCAACAUGGAUUAUACCAAAUAGACUUUUUUAGUUAAUGUGUAUACUAGUUGAUGAUAAACUUAGAGGCUGUCUUUUUUGUCUGCAUGUUGUAUUGUCUGUGUGUGUUUUUGUUUGUUUUGUCUGUGAGAUAACAUCCAUUUUUCUUUAACUGCGUUAAUGUUUUUGUCAUUUGUCAUUCACCUUGUUUCUGUAAUGUGACGUAGGAAACACUUUCUGUGGUUGACUGGUGGACCUGGAUCAAUAGGUGACAGAAAGCAUCAGCUGAAAAUGUCACCGUUAUGGUGCACCCCUUCUCUGGGCACAGAAACAGACUGAAUCCAAAUAGCAAUCGUGUUUCCACAUGGAAACUUGUACAAGUGAUUUAUUUUAUUCUUAUGGUACUUGUUUCUCGUCCUUUUUUUCACUUUACAUCGGUGAAGCGAAAGCUUAAAAAUUUAACUUUUGCUGGGUACAGAGACGUCUUGAUCUAAAUAUAGUAUCAAUUCAUGUGAGUGACACUGACAGCCUUUAGGGACAGUAGAAAAAAAUACACAUAUAUCUUCCUAACAGGGUAAAUCAGAGUUGUCUUUUACCUGUACAGAGCUGUGUUUUGAGAUUCAAGCUUGCAUAAGGCAGUUUUCUGGACAUUGCAAUGUUGACAACUGGUAAAGUGUUCUGUAUCUCUAGAGUGCCACAGGGAAGACCAAGUGUUAGUAAUACUGUCACGUAUGCUGAAAAUGUUCAUAAUUUGUUGUUUUGUGAAAGAAAAUGAGUUAGUGUUUAUGACAAUUACUGUGAUGUGGAAAAUUUUUGUUUAUAGAAAGGUUCUUGUCAGCUUUAAAAAAACUGAUGAACUUUUUUUUAUCUUUGUGAAAACAUAAAUUUGAUGUAAAUACCUCAUGUAAUAACUGCAACAAUGUCACUUAUUUCUGUCAGAGUGCGUAUGUUUUGAAAGGUUUUGGUUGUCACCAGAGUUUUUCCCUGAAUACUUGGAGAAAUGUUUUGACAGUGAUGGUGAACUAAGUGAAACUGUGCUCUGAAUCACAUAAUGUACUUGAAACAUUACUUCCUCAUAGAAGAUGUACUGUAGGGUACAGUGUCAGUUUAACAUUAACUCACCUCACGGUUGUAAUUUCACGCAUUGUAAUCUCAUAAACAGAUGUGAUAUUACAAACACACAGUUACUUAAAAAAUGACUACUAGCCAGGUUAUAAACAUUUGGAAAGGCAAAUGGAAAGGUAAUCCAUGCUGGUAGUUUAAACAUUCUUUGAAUAGUAGUAGUGAACACCCAGCUGUUUAUUCUUUAGAUAUGUGUGCUAGUAUUUGAAAAUUUUUUGAGAACAUACUGCCUUCUGUUUGGAACAGUUUAAAUCAGAAAAUGGCAGUAUUAAAUGUUUUUGUCUCCGUCUCAGAAGAGGUCCACCUUCCCUUAUUAAGUUAUUGAUGAAAAGCAGGUCUAUUAAAGUGCUAAGAAUAUUGCUUUUGAUUCAGAAUUGGUUAAAAACCCAAAUGGCAGCUGCAUUGGUCGAUAUAUAUCUAAUAUGGCAGACAGAAGAAGUUGUACAGUUGAAAGUUGAAUAUGUAUUUACCUGCAAAUGAAGAAUUCUAGUGAAAUUAAACCUACAGAUUGUAUGAUUAUUAGCUACUUAGCUUGAAAACAAAUACUUUUGCAUGCUUUUUUGGUAAUUUCUAUGCAGGAAUUUAUUUUCUGACUGAAGUCAUUAUAUAAUCUGCAGAGUACACUUUUCACUGACUGUUAGUUCUAUUGCAAACGGUCACAUAAUAUGUUUAAAAUUACCAAGUAUCAACACCGAAACCCUGGUAGUCAACUCUGACUUUGACAUUGGAUCUGAAUAGUUUGUAACAUAUAAUACAUGUCAUUGACACAUGUAAUUGAAUCUUUAACUUUCAUAUGAAGUUAGAUUUGGACAUCUUGAUGACAGUGUUCUGUCUCAUUUAUAAAAAUCAAAGUAACAGUAUAAUAGAUUAUUUACAAAUCAAGCAUGUCAGCCGAAUGUUGCAAAUGAAAAUGAUGCUAAAAGGAAUACAAACCAAAAAGUGAUAGUCUAAUCCUCAGAAAGUGUAGAUGAAGUCACAAACCAAAUGAGUCAAUUUGUUUUAAUGUUCUUACAAAAAAUGUUACAGAUAUUCAUCACUCACAAACCUUACAAACAUUAUGGAAAAUAAACACAAACUAAUUACUAAUGAACUGCAGUUACUCAAACAACUUCCUUGCUUUGCUGUAGAGUACAUUGUUGUACGUUGCCAGCAAUUUUGAGCACAAUGAUACAAAGGGCUUUUAUUCGGUCCAGAAGUUGGAUAGCUAUAAUUUCAGAAAUUUGACCUCAGGAAAGAUGUAUGCACAUUUAUGGUAAGAUUAUACACCUGUACAUAUGGGCUAAUGCCAUCCCGUAAAUGAGGUGUGUUUAAAGCCAUGCUGGUUAUUUUGAGAGUUUUUGCCAUUAAUAAAACCAAUGUAUAGAUGGUACAAGUUAAAUUAGUACCCUAUCAAAAAUAUCCUUAAAAUUGUUUGGCUAAAACUGAAGAAAUUUAAUUUUUCCUGUAGAUACCUACCUAUGCUGUGAAUUUUCUUAGAAGUUAAGCAUUUGUGGGCAUAUCUUAACUUAGCUCUAGGAUGAAAUAUAGUAAUUCAAAUAACAUGACCAUGUAAAGCUCUCUGUGACAGAAAUAUAUAAACUAGUAUGGGGAUAGAUUAAAAAAAAGUUAUUUCCCAAUGUACAUUUAAAAGUAAGAAGAUUGAUUUGAUCUAUUCUAGAACAUGUUAUGGGAAGAUGUAGGAGAUGCAUCUUAUAAGAAAAGUAAUUUUUGUGAUGUAAUUGUUCGUUAAAUGUUAUCCAUAAAGCAAAAUAUACCCUCUUUUUCUGUA